CUAGCCGACGUCAUGCGUUGAACAACGUCAUCAAAGCGGGACAGUUCGUGUGCUGCUCAGUGGUGCUGCUUCUAAUGUGUAUUGACCCAACUCCUUAAAUCUUAAAGAUGCCUAUGAAAGGAAGGUUUCCGAUCAGAAGAACGCUAGAGUAUCUCCAAAAAGGGGAUUUGAUUUUUAAGAACCGAGUAAAGAUUAUGACCGUUAAUUAUAAUACAUCUGGAGUGCUCAGCGACGGAGCAAGAAAGUUUGUGUUCUUCAAUAUUCCUCAAAUCCAGUAUAAAAACCCAUGGGUCCAAGUUGUGAUGUUUAAGAACAUGACGCCCUCGUCUUUCCUGAAAUUCUACUUGGAUGAUGGAGAGCAGGUUCUUGUUGAUGUGGAAGGAAAGGACCACCAACUUAUAACCCAACACGUGAAGAAAAUUCUCUGCAAAUCAGAAGAGGUCUUGCACGUUGAAGCCCUUGCAAAAAUGCAAGAGUCCAACCCUGCCAAUUUUGGUCCAAAGAAGUAUUGUCUGAAGGAGUGCAUCUGUGAGGUUGAGGGUCAAGUACCUUGUCCUGGCACCACACCACUGCCCAAAGAGUUUACUGGAAAAUACCGCACGCAGAUGGCAGCGGCCCAGGAGUAACUGUCCCGAAGAUCAGACAUUGAAACAUUUUGACAUAUUGAUUUUCUACCGUUAUUUUGUGUUUGUUUCUUAUGUUAAAAUACUUUUCCUUUUGUAAAUAGUGAAGCUAUAUGUAUUGCGUUGGUUGCUUAAUGUAUCUAUUUAAACAAGUCUACAAAUUGUAAUAAAUACUUCCUAAUUAAAAAAAU